AGUGAGAGUGAAUGUCUUUUGUAGGAAUUCAUAAUAGUUUCAAUUCUCGACAGGUAGCUGCCGAAAGUUUGGAUGUGAAAACAGUGUGUGUGGUGAUAAACAUAUAUUAAUGAGAUUACUGUUUUGUGUCUAAUAAGGUGGGAGGUAUGCGGGCCCUAAAGGUACCCGCUGCCUUGCUACUAUUGCUAAUUGCAAUAGACUCCCUUGAUGCUAAUCGGAGAAAACAAAAAGACAAGAUCGUACAAACUACCGUCAAUAUUUGUGAAAUCGGCAACAGAGAUUCAAAAGUUUAUUGCUAUUGUGAGAACAGCCAAGAAAUAAACGAAGCAAUCAAAACAGAAUGCUGGGUAUUCAAUGGGGGCAUCGACAAAGCAGACCCACUUUGGUCCAGUUUUACGUCUCAAAUGAAUUUAGAAACACUAGCAUUCAAUGUAAGAUCUGAUGGUGGCCUUAGUUUUGUACCAAACAAAAUAUUGAGGUAUCUGAGAAAAUUAAAAAACUUUAGUAUAAAAUUUAGUUCAAUAAACAAGAUCGAGAGUUAUACUUUCGUCAAUAUAUCUUCGGUUCAAGAAAUGACGCUAACUAAAAAUCAAAUAACUACAUUGAAUAAGCACGCAUUUUACAAUUUAUCCAAUCUCACGAUUCUUACUUUAGAUGCAAAUAAAAUUAAAAAAAUUGAGACAGAAACUUUCUACGACCUACCAGCACUACAGAAAUUAUUUUUGACGAGUAAUAAUGUAACUAUUAUUGAAGAUGGUGCAUUCAGACACCUUGUUAAUUUAUUAGAAUUAGAAUUGGAUAAAAAUAAUAUCAGUACAUUGAAUAAAGAGUGUUUUGAUGGUCUAGCUAAUUUGAAGAGGUUGGAUUUAAGGAAAAAUAAAAUAGCAGUACUUAAUUCAUUUACAUUUAUCGAGUUAUGGAAUUUGCAAGAACUUUUGCUGGAUUAUAACGAAAUUUACAUACUGGCCCAGAGAACAUUUGACGGUCUCUCACAAUUACGAAAAUUGAGCUUAAGUCACAAUAAAUUGAUUAAUUUGGCAGACGGCUUGUUUGAAGGAGUAAGAGGUCUUUCAGCUUUAGAUUUGCGAAACAACAAAUUGAAAAGGUUUACAAUUGAAAACCUGCGACCAAUAUACGAUAACUUGAAAUUGCAGAAAAGCUACAUAUAUCUAGAAGGAAAUGACUUCGACUGCGAUUGCCAUCUGGCGUGGAUGCACAAACUACGGCACGAAGCAAAGAGCAUUAAAGUGAGAACGUCUUUAGAGAAUUUUCUUUGUAAAUUUAGCCAUUCAUCGAAUACGCAAUUUACUUACUAUGAAAAGAUUGACUCAAAAAUCAAUAUCAACGGCGACAAAUUGAGCGAUGAUGCUGAUAAUAUAGAAGAAUUUCAUGACGAAAACGAGGAAAGUUUCAUAGAUGAACCCAAGAAAGUGAGAGGUGAUAACGAUAGAACGUUAUUACAAAUUCCCGUAGAGUUAUUGCCUUGCCCCACGGAAGUUAAGAGCGUAACUGAUAGGACUUAUACUUACCCAUCUCAGAACGAAGCUAAGGAUUAUAGGAAUCUCAUAAUAACAUCGUCUAUUUCGCCGAUCGGUAUAAAUAUUUCAGUUCUCCUUCUAUCAUUACUUUUAUUGUUAGGGUAAGGAUAAAUAAUAAUAAAAUUUUUGCGAAAUAACGUUUUCAGGACUCGAUUGAGUUUUAUUGUACAUACAUUUGAUUUUAUUUGGAGGGUUUGUAAUUUGUUUAGGAUAAUAUCGAUAUGGAUUUGUCUCCCAUAAAAUAUUUAUGAAUUCCUAUUUGAAAUGUUUUAAAAGUCUGAACGUUAUGCUUUGUAUAAAAAAGCCGUCAUUGCCAUUAACCGCAUGAAAUUGCAUGUUUAAAAAUAUAAUGAGUUUUCAAUGUUUAUUUAUUAAGUUUCAUAUUGGUUAGCUA